AUGGACAAGGCCAGGGCAUGGCUACCGGACCUAGGUGUGUCGCAGGAGACACCAGGCGUGCCCCUGGGACCGGAACCCAGAGACCCAGGCCGAAUCCUGCCGCGGGACCCAGCCCAGGAAGCCCGGGAAGCCUCUGACGAGGAAGGCGGUGAGCCUGCGUGUCAGGACUGCCCGCAGCCAAGGGCAGGUGAAGAGGCGGACUCUUCCUCACGUCCCCCUGUGGCCAAGAGACAGAAAGUGGACACCGAGGGCAAGAGAGGCAGGCAACGGGAAGUGGAUGAAGAGGAGGCCCAGAAGAUGAGAACCCUUGUGGCUGCUAUGAGCCAGGAGCAGCUGAACCGUUACCAAGUGUUUCGCCGCUCAGCCUUCCCCAAAGCCACCAUCAAACGUCUGAUCCAGGCCGUGGCCUGCACGCCGGUGUCCCAGAACGUGGUCAUUGCCAUGUCUGGAAUGGCCAAAGUGUUCGUUGGGGAGGUGGUGGAAGAGGCCCUAGACAUGUGUGAGAAGUGGGGCGAGAAGCCCCCACUCCAACCCAAACCUCUGAGGAAGGCUGUUCGCAGGCUACGCGAAAAGGGGCAGAUGCCCAGCACCAAGCACAAGAUCCUCUUCUAG